CCGUACACUUCGGAGCUGCUCGUUGUAAUUCCAUUUUAAUUCGAAAUUUUCGUUUCUUCCCUUCCGUAUAUAUAUAUAUAUAUAGAGAGAGAGAGAGAGAGAGAGGCAAAGAUUGAAGAAUGGACAGCCUGUGUUUCAAAGCAGGGAUUCAUGCCGCGGGGCUUUCUUCACCCAUUUCCGUGGCUGGAGCUGUCGAGGGCCGGUCACACCCGGCGCAUUUCUGCGCUCUGGGGCGUUCCACCAAUUCUAAUGGAGUUUCUCUGGAGAAUUCGACCGCCACAGCUGCGCCUUCUCAGAGACCCUCUUCGUCAUCGAGGUUUUCCUUCACGUACCCUUUUGUAUCCCUCUGGCCCAGUGCCGGAAUUGAGAAGAGCAAUGACGGUAUCGCCCUCGACGAUGCCGUUGUUGUCGUCGGGAACGGAGAAGAUGGACAAGUAAUUGCUGGUGAUGGGGCUUACAACGGUAACGACGACGGUAACGAGAACGAGCCCAUGACGUCCGGCGAUAAGCCGGAAAGUUGGGUUUUGAAAAUUCUUCCUGUCAAGUCUCUCUGGUCGGAACAGGGUAACUCUGACAUUGAGGAAUUGGGGAAGCGAGAGGAAGAGAACACCGACGACGAUGCGGUGAGUGGUCGAAGCGGCGAAUGUUCUUGUUGCCAUGACGGUGACUCUGGGGUUUGUAGUGUUGAUGAAGGUAAGGAGGAGAAGGAGGAAGAGCAGGCUGAGCAGCAGGAGAUCAAAUUUGAUAGGAAUUCUUUCUCCAAGUUGCUCCGUCGGGUGUCCUUGUCAGAAGCCAAGAUGUACGCUAAAAUAUCUUACUUGGGGAACUUGGCUUAUUCCAUACCCCAAAUCAAGCCAGGAAAUCUCUUGAAAUAUCAUGGACUGCAAUUUGUUACUUCUUCACUAGAGAAGAAAUUACAGUCAGAAAAUGGUGAAAAAGAGGAGACCGAAGCUCAAGUUCAAGAAACAGAAAGGCCAGAAGAAGCAUCAGAAGGUGAGGAGCAGAUAAAGAAGAAUGAACACCAAAUAAGUGCAUCUGCUGCCUAUCAGAUUGCUGCAUCGGCUGCUUCCUAUUUGCAUUCUCAAACAAAGAGCAUUCUUCCUUUUAAAUCCUCAAAGGCUGAAACAAAGGACGACUCUCCCGGAGAUGGAGGGGCUACUGACAAUAUUGAAAUAACAAGCUCAGUGGUGGCUUCUUUUGUGGCAACUACUAAUUCAGUGACAGCAGUGGUUGCGACAGAGGAAACAAAGCAAGCUGCUGCAAAGGAUUUGAAUUUAGCACAUUCACCCCCCUGUGAGUGGUUCAUAUGUGAUGAUGACCAAAGUGGGACGAGAUUUUUUGUUAUUCAGGGUUCAGAAUCAUUGGCUUCUUGGCAAACAAAUCUACUCUUUGAGCCCAUUCAGUUUGAGGGACUAGAUGUACCUGUGCACCGGGGGAUUUAUGAAGCUGCCAAAGGUAUGUAUGAACAGAUGCUACCUGAAGUCCAUGCCCACCUAAAGUCUCGUGGUGAUUCGGCAACCUUCCGCUUGACUGGGCAUUCUCUUGGGGGUAGCUUGUCAUUGCUUAUAAAUCUCAUGCUUUUGAUACGGGGUGAAGUCCCACAAUCCUCCUUACUUCCUGUUAUAACAUUUGGUGCCCCAUCUAUCAUGUGUGGCGGGGAUCAGCUGCUGCACAAGUUGGGCUUGCCACAGAAACAUGUUAAAGCAAUUACCAUGCAUCGAGACAUUGUACCCCGAGCCUUCUCUUGCAAUUACCCUGAUCACGUGGCUGAACUUCUCAAGGCUGUUAAUGCCAACUUCCGUAACCACCCAUGUCUGAAGAACCAGAAACUGUUGUAUGCGCCCAUGGGGGAGUUUUUGAUCUUACAGCCAGAAGAAAAUUUCUCUCCAGGACACCACCUCCUCCCAUCUGGUAGUGGUUUAUACCUUCUAAAAGGCCCUGUGUCAGAUUCCAGUGAUGCGGAGAAGCAACUCCGGGCUGCACAGAGAGUGUUCUUGAACUCGCCUCACCCACUUGAGAUUCUUAGUGACCGGUCAGCUUAUGGCUCUGAUGGCACCAUUUACAGGGACCACGACAUGAACUCCUACUUCAAGUCUGUACGUAAUGUGAUCCGACAGGAGCUCAACCACAUCAGGAAGACUAGAAGGGAACAACGCCGCCACAUGUGGUGGCCCCUCAUCGUUCCUCGCAGCAUCCAUACCGGUUUCAUCAUAAACAAUCUGGUCGCAUCUGGCAACAUGGGUCAGCACCUACCCAACUUGUCUGGUAUUUUCAGGAAUGGGAGGCAGACAUUGAAGCGGUUCAGUAGGUUGAUUGCAUCACAGCACAUGCCUGUGAUUGUUGUGCUUCUAUUCCCUGUGCGGUUAUUGCUGUUGGGGACGUAUGCUCUGAUAAAUUUCCGGUGAAUUAGGGGAUGAGCUCGGCUGCAUAUCUACGAGGGUUGUCAAAUUGUAUAGG